UACCAGGAUAUCAUAAUAACAAGGAAUAAUGUUGAAGACACUUCGAGCUCUUGAAAAUCCUGACCAUCCGUUACUCGGGCCGACACUUAAGGGGCUUAAGUUAUGGGGUCUAUGGAUGGGGGCUGGAUGGAAUCCUGUUAUAUAUAAUACGAUUCAUGCUUGGGCUGUAUUUUUUGUAAUAAGCCAAUAUAUUGAAUUGUGGUAUCAAAGAUCAGAUCUGCCGUCAGCUCUUCGAAAUCUCUCUGUUUCAAUGCUAAGUACAGUUUGCAUAGUAAAAUCUAUAACAUUCGUAUAUUGGCAAAACGAAUGGAGAGAAGUUUUGAAUUUUGUAUCACGCUUAGAAAGAUAUCAGCUUUCAAAGAACGAUAAAACAACGAAUUGUAUUAUCAAGAAGUAUACUGAUUAUUCUAGAAGAAUUACAUACGUCUAUUGGUCUUUAGUAACUGCAACAGUUUUAACGUUGAUCCUAGCACCGUUGGUUGACUUUUUGUGCUCACCCGAAGAUAGGCUGAUAAUUAAAAACGGUACAAAGCCAUAUCCAGAAAUAAUGAGUUCGUGGGCGCCGUUUGAUAGAACAAGAGGUUUUGGGUACUGGACUGUAACUAUUGAACAAUCAUUGAUAUGCUUUUAUGGAGGUGGUAUUGUAGCGAAUUAUGAUACUAAUGCGUUUGUUUUGAUGUCUUUUAUUGCUGGGCAAAUGAAGAUUGUAAGAAAAAAUUGUGAACGGUUGUUUGAGGGGAAAGAUGCUAGAUAUGAUGUAAUUUUAAAAAGAAUUACAUAUUGUCACUAUCAUCAUCUUUCUUUGGUCAAAUUUGCCAAAUUGUUUAAUAGUUUAUUGUCACCAGUGAUGUUCUUGUACGUCAUUAUAUGUUCCCUGAUGAUCUGCGCCAGUGCAAUCCAAUUAACUACGAAAAGCACUACUAGUAUGCAGAAGAUAUGGAUCGCUGAAUAUCUACUGUCACUUAUAUCGCAACUGUUUUUGUAUUGCUGGCAUAGUAAUGAAGUCUUCGUUACAAGCAACGAAGUCGACCGUGGGUUAUACAAGAGCGAUUGGUGGUCGAGCAACACACGUGUACGCCGCAGUCUACUUCUACUUGGAGGGCAGCUCCAGAAGAGGGUAGUCUUUACAGCUGGACCAUUCACUACUCUCAGCUUACCAACAUUUAUCACUAUAUUAAAAGGAUCAUACAGUUAUUACGCCAUUUUAAGUGAGAAAGCAGAUUAAGUUCUAUAGACUACUUGGAGCCAAUAUAUGU